CCCUUCUCUUUGAGUCAAUCUUCAUCAACCGUUUCCUCGGAGCUCCAGAUAUCCUCCCUCCUCCCCUCUUCGACGAGAAAACAGCAGAAAUCCCAUCCACGAUGUCGGGCUCCAAGCCAAGCGCCGGUCGUGGUAGUGCCGCCCGGCCUUCCCCAUGUUCGCAGGAGCAAGCAGAGUCUACUUCCCCUACUCGAUCUGUACAAUCCGAUACUUCUUCUGGGGUUGGUCUGAGGGAGAUUAUUGCCAAAACUGGGGCCCUGCGUCUCGACGACCCUUCCGAUGCUCCUAUCCCAACUACGGGUUCUGAGAGUGCGCCUGGUACUUGUCAAACUUUCUCCUCUUCGACUCGUGCUCAGACAGCAACCUCAACUCCAGGAGUUCAACCCAGUGCAGCUCCCACCGGAGACAAUAAAGGCAUGCAUGCUAGAGCCAACACGGGUAUCGCCAUGGGUUCGCAAAGCUUGUUGGAUACCCCAAUCUCGCCCGAGCUCAGCAUGCAACCCCUGACGCCCAUGAAUAACUCCUUAGCGAAACCUAAGACUGAACAGAGUCCCCGUCAGAAGGGUACUUCGGCGAAUUCAGGUCCGAACGAUCCAUCAUUCUGUAGCCGCUUCCACACCGCUGCUACGAUCUCGGCUGCCCAGGGAUUCAGUGUAGCAUCAUCUCUGUCGACGUUUCCGAAUCCUCUACAGGGUGGCCCCUCUCUCUUUGUUGCUCCCACUACAUUCAACUUCAACAAAGUAGCUGCAGUUGAAGCCGUGCCACGCCCUACAUUGUUCGACUCUGUCCAUUGGGCGCCGGCUCAACCAACUCGGGCACGCAGUCCCUCUCUAUCACCCAAGACUAAAGACCCUAGGGUUAAAUACUUGAAGGACAGCAUGUGGGCCAACUAAGAUCUUUCAAUCACGUCUCAUCUCUUCUUGCAUGUCGUGAAACAGUCAUAUCUCCUCGGCUACAAGAACGAAUCAUAUUGCGCUGGGGGGUCUCUUUCUAGAUGGAUACAACAGACAACGUCUACCCUUCGG